AUGACACCCACACCUAGCAUCGAGAACGGCUCGCCUGCAGGUCGCUAUCAUGGCGAAGAUACUCGUCCGACUAGUAGCAAGGAGCUUGCUGGUUGGUACAUGUAUGCAUUCGCCGCCGAAACCUACGUAAUAUGCGCUUCGUUUAUUCCGAUUCUGUUGGAGAGCUUGGCUAGGGAAAAUGGUGUCCUCUUAAAAGACCGGGAAAGCCCCUGCACGAGGACCUCGGACGGUCCCUGCGUCAUUACCGUCGUCGGCGUCGAGAUCAAUACAGCUAGCUUCGCCAUGUAUACUUUCAGCAUAAGCGUGCUACUCCAGGCAUUACUAGUAGUCAGCAUUAGCUGCGCCGCUGAUCACGGCAACUAUCGAAAGCGUCUGUUAUUGACGUUCGCGUGGAUUGGAAGCUUUUGCGUCAUGUGCUACAUAUUCAUCUUCAAAGAGAUUUACCUCCUCGGCGCGUUGCUAGCCAUCGUCUCCAACACGUCUUUCGGCGCAUCCUUCGUUCUGCUAAACUCGUUCCUCCCUCUCCUCGUUCGUCAUCACCCCAAGCUAUUAGAGUCGGUAGCCGGCGUACCUGAAGAAGAUGACGACUUAGAAUCGGAUACCGCGAUCGAUCCUCAGUCUAGAUCGACGACACCUACCCUCGCCGAGCACUCGCUACCUAAUUCGACGACCCCCUUACUCUCGCAACACGAGGGCAACUCCGAUGUUCAUGAUCUGCGACGCGUACCUACUCACGAGGAGCUCACUUCCAUCGAGCUUCAGCUGUCCAGUGAGAUAUCCGCAAAGGGGAUUGGAAUCGGUUACGGCGCUGCGUUGUUCGUGCAAUGCGUUUCCAUAUUGAUCUUAGUGAGCAUGCAUAGUUCUAUUUGGUCGCAACGGGUCGUCCUAUUUUUUAUCGGGGCAUGGUGGGCCAUUUUCACGAUACCGGCUGCUAUAUGGCUUAGAGCUAGACCUGGACCCCCCUUGGCGCAGAGCCAAUACCGAGGUACCCGCGCUUGGAUAUCUUACAUUGCAUAUUCGUGGAAGAAUCUAUUUCGGACGAUUAAGCUGGCACGCCGCUUGAUCGACGUUGUCUUGUUUUUGGCUAGCUGGUUUCUGAUUUCCGAUGCCAUCGCGACGACAUCUUCAACCGCCAUAUUGUUUGCUAAGACGACGCUGCACAUGGAACCUUGGGCGCUAGGGAUGAUUAAUGUUAUAUCUACGACUACGGGUGUCCUAGGCGCUUUCAGUUGGUCGUUCAUCUCCAAGUAUUUCAAGUUGCGACCCCACCAGACCGUGUUGAGCUGCAUCGCUCUCUUCGAGAUUAUACCGAUAUACGGUCUUCUGGGUUAUUUGCCUGUUGUUAAGAGAUGGGGUGUUUUUGGACUUCAACAGCCGUGGGAAAUGUACCCGCUAGCUGCGGUCUACGGAAUCGUCCUCGGCGGACUUAGUUCCUACUGCCGGUCACUCUACGGAGAGCUAAUACCUCCUGGCUCCGAAGCCGCUUUCUAUGCAUUAUACGCCAUUACCGAUAAGGGGUCGAGCAUAUUUGGGCCUGUUAUAGUAGGAGCUAUCAUAGAUGCAUCGGGCGAAAUUCGACCGGCGUUCUGGUUCCUGGCGGUGUUGGUCAGCCUCCCCGCGCCGAUUAUCUAUUUCGUAAACGUCGAACGCGGUAAGUUCGAAGGGGAAAAGCUGGCGGAGGUAAUUGAAGGUUUUAAGAGCCAAGAUAAUAUUCAUGAGGGUAGUAGAUUUGGCAACGGCGUCGAGGGACACGGCAUACUUUCUGCUUACGACGCACAGAACGACAGCAACGAGGAGGGCGAGGAGGCUGACGAUCAUGCGAGAUCAUAA